AUGCCCUUCCCGGCCCUGCUCCAAGUGGGCUUCGACGGGGGCAGCCCAGACAGCGGCCCGGGGGGCGGAGGGGCUGGCGGCGGGGCCGGCGGGGGCGCCGGCGGCGGCGGCGGGGCUUCGGACGGCUCAGCGGUAGUGGUCGCUGGUGUCCCCGCCGCGGCCGGGGGCGCCGCCGUGGUCGGAGCGGGCGGUGGCGAGGGCAAUCGCUCUUUCGCUGGGGGCCCGGGGGUGGCAUGCCCGGCGGGCAGCCCGGGCGGCGGUGGCGACGUGAACGGCACGGCUGCAGUAGGGGGCGUGGUGGUGAGCGCUCAGGCGCUGGGCGUUGGAGUCUUCCUGGCUGCCUUCAUCCUUGCGGCCAUCGCGGGCAACCUGCUGGUCAUCCUGUCCGUGGCCUGCAACCGGCACCUGCAGACCGUCACCAACUACUUCAUCGUCAACCUGGCCGUGGCUGACCUGCUCCUCAGCGCCACUGUCCUGCCCUUCUCGGCCACCAUGGAGGUGCUGGGCUUCUGGGCCUUCGGCAGGGCCUUCUGUGAUGUGUGGGCCGCCGUGGACGUGCUCUGCUGCACCGCUUCCAUCCUCAGCCUCUGCACCAUCUCGGUGGACCGCUACGUGGGCGUGAGACACUCGCUCAAGUACCCCGCCAUCAUGACCGAACGCAAGGCGGCCGCCAUCCUGGCCCUGCUCUGGGCCGUGGCCCUAGUGGUGUCCGUGGGGCCCCUGCUGGGCUGGAAGGAGCCCGUGCCCCCCGACGACCGCUUCUGUGGCAUCACGGAGGAGGCCGGCUAUGCCGUCUUCUCGUCCGUCUGCUCCUUCUACUUGCCCAUGGCCGUCAUCCUGGUCAUGUACUUCCGGGUGUACGUGGUGGCCCGCAGAACCACCCGGAGCCUGGAGGCCGGUGUCAAGAGGGAGCGGAGCAAGUCCACGGACAUUGUCCUCCGCAUCCACUGCCGAAACUCUGGGCCCGAGGACUCCCGAGUGGCCAAGGGCCACAACUUCCGCAGCUCCCUGUCCGUCCGCCUGCUCAAGUUCUCCCGGGAGAAGAAGGCAGCCAAGACGCUGGCCAUCGUGGUGGGAGUCUUUGUCCUUUGCUGGUUCCCCUUCUUCUUCGUCCUGCCCCUGGGUAAGUGA